AUUAUAAUUUCAUUUCAUCAUAACAACAAGCUUAAACAAUGAAGUGCAAGUAAGACCACCGGCCUCUCCGCCGCCGCCACCACCUUCUCUCUCAUACUCUCUUGGUCGCCUCAGGUCCCACUUUCAACCAGAGAGACAGGGAAAGAAGAUAAUAAAUCCGACUAAAUGGGCUGCACGGUAUCCAAGCUAGACAACGAGGACACUGUCCGGCGGUGCAGGGAGCGGCGCCGCCUCACCAAGGAAGCCGUCCUCGCCCGCCACCACCUCGCCGCCGCCCACUCCGACUACUGCCGCUCCCUCCGCCUCACCGCCUCCGCCCUCGUCUCAUUCGCCGCCGGCGAGCCCCUUCCCAUCUCCGACGACACCCCCGCCGUCCUCCUCCGCACAAACACCAAACCCCCUUCACCCUCCGUCCACUCUCCUCCCUUCCCCACUGCCACCGCCUCCUCCCACCCGCCGCGGUGGAGAAAGCCCGUUAAACUUCCCCACAUACUAUCAGACUCGAGCUUCUCCUCUUCACCACCGCCCAACCACGAUUUCACUUACACCGCCAGACCUAAUUCAACCUAUUCGACUACACCUUCAGAUUCCGAAACCUCCUCUGUGUGGGAUUGGGAUAAUUUCCAACCUCCGCCGUCGCCACCAGGCUCCGACUACUUCCACAAACUCCAAAACAACUAUGAACACAACAACGACGAGAGAGCUUCAAUCCGCAAGCACCACAGUCCGUCGAAGCUACUCGACGAUCGGGCAUCCAAUUACUCAUUGUUCUCAAAUUAUUCAGAUAAAAGCAACAACACGUACUCGAAAAAUCACACGAAACAAAAAUCAGAAAAGUUAGGGCAAAAUCGGAGAAGCUGGGAAGGUGAAGAGGACGGGACAGAGAGAGAGGAAGUAGAGUGCAGCGAUUGGGGAGAUCAUGAAAAUGAAAAUUGCAGAAGCACGAGCUGCUCGAGUGACGGUGAAGAUGAAAAAGGGGAUUCUGAACCUGUUGAGGAAUUUCGAAAUUUCGAAUCGGCGGGAAAUGAGGCUUUGAAAGUGAAUUCAGAAUUCUCGAGCAAAUCAGAGAAGCUCUCGUCAGAAGAAGAAGAAGUUGGUGAUGGAAAAUCAAAAUCGUCUGCUGAUGGGAAAAUUGCAGUGAAGCACAGAAAUUUGACUGAGAUCGCUGAGGCUAUUGGAGAGUAUUUCAAUGAGGCUGCAUUGGCCGGUGAGAAGGUCUCCGAGAUGCUUGAAGCGGGCCGGGCUCAGCUUGAUCAGAGAUUCAAGCAGUUGAGAAAGACAGUCUAUCAUUCAAGUGGAAUGUUUAGUAACUUGAGCUCGAGCUGGACCUCAAAGCCUCCAUUGGCAGUUAAAUACCAAUUGGAUCCGGGUUCUAUCGAACAAUCUGGUGGGCCCAAGAGCCUUUGUUCGACUUUGGACUGUCUCUUGGCUUGGGAAAAGAAACUAUAUCAAGAAGUGAAGGCUAGAGAAGGAGCUAAAAUCGAGCAUGAGAAGAAGUUAUCUGUUCUUCAGAGCCAAGAUUAUCGCGGGGAAGAUGGCGCCAAGUUGGACAAGACAAAGGCAUCAAUAAAGAGGCUACAAUCCUUAAUUAUGGUCACUUCUCAAGCCGUUUCAACUACCUCAUUCGCUAUCAUCGGCCUACGAGACUCCGACCUCGUCCCUCAGCUUGUCCAACUUUGUCAAGGUUGCAUGUGCAUGUGGAGAUCAAUGAACAGGUCCCAUGAAAUCCAACACAACAUAGUCCAGCAAGUCCGUGGCCUCACGAACCGAACCUCAACAGACGAAUCAACCUCCGAACCCCAUCGCCAGUCGACCCGUGAGCUCGAAUCAGCCGUCGCCACCUGGCACUCGAGCUUCCUCCGUCUAAUCAGAUCUCAACGCGAAUUCAUACGCUCCUUACACGCCUGGCUCAAGCUCGUCCUUCUCCCUCUCAACAACGACGACCCCCAAAAUAAAGAAUAUUCCGGAACUUUCGCCUUCCUCGAAGAGUGGAAACUCGCCCUCGACCGAAUUCCCGACCCAGUCGCGGCCGAAGCCAUUCAGAGCCUCAACAAUGUCGUACGGUCGAUCUCUCUAAAACAGACGGAGGAGAUUAAAUCGAGAAAACGGGUGGAAAUCGUGAGAAAGGAGCUCGAGAAGAAGGCCUUGGCUAUUUCGGACAUCGAGAAAAAAUACUACAAUGGGUCGGUUUUGGACCCGCUGGCGGAGAAAAAGGCUGAGCUGGCGGGAUUUCGAAGACGAGUGGAGGAUGAGAUGGUUAGCCACUCGAAAGCGGUGGAGGUGACUCGGGCUAUGACGUUGAGUAAUAUGCAGACGGGUUUGCCUAACGUGUUCCAAGCCAUGACUGGCUUUUCUGCUUCUAUGGUGGAGGCUCUUGAGACGGUUUGUAGAAAAUCGUUUGCGAUUUAGUUGAUGAAUGUGUGUGAACAGAGUUUUAUGUGUUUUU